AUGCCGCGGAUCCGACCGCGAGACAUCUGGCACGCGCGAGCGGUUAGCAAAGCUUUGUCGCUGCUUCUGCCUGUCUGUAGAGAUUUCAGCUCAGCACGCAACGAGCUGAGAUGGCUCAGGCAGCACGCCACGGCCGUCUCACAGCAGACCGGAUACUACCAUCCAGGCGCUCUUCUGACAAGUCUAGUCAUCCGCCGAGCACGCGGCGAACCACUGCAGUAUAUUCUCGGAUCUGAGUACUUUGGCCCACUGGAUAUCAGAUGCCGGGAAGGGGUUCUGAUUCCAAGACCCGAGACCGCAGCUUCAACUUCCUACCUCGCCCAUAUCCUGGCUGGACCAAAGUCAAGAAGCUUGCAUGAGACACCACUGCGAGUGCUCGAUCUGUGCACCGGCACUGGAUGUAUACCUUUGCUACUCCACCACGAGUAUUACGCUCGCAACGAUGGCCAUCUCGAGCUCAUGGGAGUGGACAUAUCCAGCGAUGCUAUGAGUCUAGCUAGAGAGAAUCUCGUGCACCAAAUUGCGCGACAAGGCAAACAGUACGCCAGCAGCAAGGCGCGAACAAAGUCGUUACAAAGCAUAGGAUAUGUCCAAGCCGAUGUGCUCAAGGAGGAAUUUGAAAACCCGGAGGAAGACGACAGGGGACCUCUGCCCCUCAUGCGGGCGCUCGCGCGUAUCAAUGGCGAAGCAACACCGGCCUUUGAUAUCCUCGUCUCGAAUCCACCCUAUAUUUCCCCGCGACAGUUUGUGAGCACUACAGCACGAUCUGUCAGAGAGUAUGAGCCAAUGCAGGCUCUAGUGCCGCGGGCAAGCGAGCACGACUUGCUCUCUGAUACGGAUGUUGGUGACUUGUUCUACCCCCGGCUGCUCGAUGUAGCGGACCGCGUGCAGGCCAAAGUGAUCUUGCUCGAAAUUGGAGAUAUGGAGCAAGCCGUCAGAGUGGCCACCAAGACAUUAGAACGAGGUGGAUGGAGUCGAGUCGAAAUCUGGCGAGAUGCGCCAGCAGCGUCCUCAGUGGGAGAAACUUUGACAAUCCACGAGCAUGCAGUACUUUUGCGGGGUGAGGGCUAUCCACGAUCCAUUUUUGCAUAUCGUGAAGGCGCCGAGACGCUGCUUGACCUGUAGAGUGGAAACUUCGGUUCGGUAGUGCUUCACAAUUU